UACUUUACCAACAACAAGUGCAGCACAGUCUCGAUAAAAAAGACUGCAGUCGACCAAAACAUCAGCUGACGAGGAGUCCAAAUAAAAACCACCCCCUCUUAGUGCAGUCUCGUGUGACAUUUCAUGAUGAACACUAUUGCGAGAUCUUGUGCAAAUUUAGUUAAGCCCAGCAGUGUUCUGAGAACAAUAACAACAGGGAAUGUGACCUCAGGUGGAUUCGAUGAUUUGCAUCAUCCGGAGGGUCACGAGCCGGGUAUCCCUCGUUAUGUAGAGCGUGAGGGUGAAAAUGAUGAUUUGAAACGCGCUAGACUGGUCUAUCAAUCCCGUAAACGUGGAAUGCUGGAGAACGGUCUCCUCCUGAGUACUUUUGCAAAAAAGUACUUGAACCAAUUCGACGCUGACAAGCUCCGUCUGUACGAUCGUCUGAUCAACAUCCCCUCGAACGACUGGGACAUCUUCUACUGGGCAGUGGGUGUAAAGCCGACUCCCGAUGAAUUCAACAACGAAGUAAUGGACCUCCUGAAGAAACAUGUGAGGAACGACGACAGACAAUCGCGAAUAGUCCAGCCUGAUCUCCAUUAAACCCCUUAAUGACGAUAGUAUUUAUUCAUCAAGAAUGUAAUUUAUUAUUCAGAUAGAAAAAUAUAAAACGACGAUCCUUAAAACAAAA